CAACAUCAACAACAACAAACAAUCCUCACUGUAUAAAUCCCAUUAGUUCAUUUAAUUCGGUUGAUUAACAAUGUCUGAGAAGGAAACCCCUGUUGAGAAGGUCGAGGAGACCAAGGUUGAUGCUGCUACUGCUAAGCCACCAACUGCCACCGCCGAUGUCUUUGCCAUGUUUGGUGGCGCCUCCAAGAAGAGAGAAGAGAAGAAGGAACAAGAAUCCAAAGAGGAAGAGAAAGAGAAGAAGGAAGGUGCUGAGAACGAGGAUGAGGCUCCAGAUUCUCCAGAUGUUCACUUUGAGCCAUUGGUCACUUUGGAGAAAGUUGAUGUCAAGACCAACGAGGAGAACGAAGAUGUCUUGGAGAAGUUCCGUGCUAAGCUCUUCAGAUUUUCCGCUGACUCUAAGGAAUGGAAAGAGAGAGGUACUGGUGAUGUCAAGUUCCUUCAACACAAGGAGACCAAGAAGGUGCGUUUGUUGAUGAGAAGAGACAAGACCCUCAAGAUCUGUGCAAACCACUACAUCGCUCCAGAGUAUGAGUUGAAGCCAAAUGUUGGAUCUGACAGAUCAUGGGUUUACAAUGUCACUGCUGACAUCUCUGAAGGUGAACCAGAAGCUCAAACAUUGGCUAUUAGAUUCGGUAGCAAGGAGAAGGCUGAUGCUUUCAAGGAGGCAUUUGAGAAAGCCCAAGAAGUCAACAAGAAAUAAAUUGUGUUUU